AUGGAUCGAACCGAUCGUCGGUUUCAGCUGCUCAACGAAGAUGGAUCGAUGAACUCGGUAGUUGCGAAGACGCGAGACAAGUAUCCUGAAAGUUUUGGAUCAAAAUAUCGAUCAAACCCUGUUGAUAAGCUGUUUUUAAUACAAACAACGCAACGAAUUCUAUUGCAAAUAUUCUCCGUCCGUCACUCCCCAAAUCGAAUCCUCUCGUCGGACAAAGAAGGACGAAAAGAUCGCUUCGAGGUGCGAAUCGGAGGUGGUGCUCGGUUCGCGAGCCGGGGGGGGGUAGAGGAAGAGGAUGAAAGAUGGAUGCCGGUUGAAGCGAGGCCGACUGGACGGACGAGGCAAACAAACGAACCGUUAUGGGCGAUCACGAUCCGGCUAAGGUGGAGCAACGCGACAGGAUAUAACCGCAGACCUUCGUCGGAACGAGGAUACACGUAUCUCGGAAGGUCCUGGCCACCGAGUGGUAUGCGCCACUCUCUGUACUCGCGUAAUCCUGCACAACAGCUGGCCGAACCAGUGUACCCAGAUGCCUAUCGACAUUCCGUCCACCCACGAUCACAUCGUGGGCUACGUCUCGAGGCUCUCGAGUCGAGCAGAGCAAAAGCAAAGGCCGGCGAUUCACGGUGA